UCCAACAUGUCUUCUCGGAGGCGUGCUUGUAAAGUUUCCUUGUUUCCAUAUACCUUCAUAUACCUUCAGCCUUCGUCCACGGAGUUCUUGCUUCAGUUCUCUAAAAUCAAGUUCGUACAGCAGUUUCAGACAAGCCAUAGUAGAUUCCGAUUCCGAUCCGAUCCCACUUCUGACACCAGUUGUUACGAAUCUCACUAUCCAGGCUCUCUGCAAACUGCACCAUACACCACCAACUUAAAGAACUUGACAAGUCAGGGCUCCAAAUUAACGUAAAGGUUUAAUGUCCAUAAAUAACAGCCAAUACUGUACAAUUGGCAGCACGUAGAACAGUACAAAUAGUUCUGCGAUAACAAAUAUCUCUCCGUUAACACCGUUCCGCCGUAUCAAGUCUUGCACUGGCCUCUCCGUCUCGUUCAGGGCUUGCACUGGGUUCAACAGUUCGGGACUGACUUCACACACUUGGGCUCGUUGUGUCGGACUCGAUCACAGACCAAGAUCAAGACGCCGUUCGUCUCAACUGUACUUGACAGUACUCCGCACUGAACCGUCGUAAUGCUCCGUACAAAACCACACCGUUGAACUGUGCUGUAGUCGACCGUGUUCUGACCUCCUGUCGUGAACCCGCUUUCUGAACCGUCUUGACUGCGUCACCUCCGCUCUUAUAUAGGGUCCCUACUGGCCUUCUCGAACCGGACAGAACGCCGCUCGACGUUUCUGGGUGGUCAGAUGACUACAACUCUCGUGACGCCCCUGAGCUCUGUUCACGUCGGCGAUCCUUCCCGAACUCUCUUGUUGACACUCGUCUCGGCCGAUCGUCGUAACUCGUCACGGUUGACCGCUCGUCUAGCGCUGGCCUGGGGCGAUUUGCGUCGGCUGACUACACACACACCACUACCCCUCUCUGUGCCACCACCAAGUUUAUAACAAUAUGUUAUGCAAAUCAAUGCCGAAAAAAACACAAAUUAUGAUCAAUAGCCAACAAGGCUUUAAAAGGAACAUCAGUAUUGGAAGAUAAAAAGUGAAAAAGUUACAAGUGUCAGUAGUUCUAAGCACCUCGGAGCUAUCGUCUCAGAGGAUGAAAUCAAAGCUGAAGUACUGGCCAGAAUUGAACAGUCAACUGCCGCCCUUGCAAAAUCCAAAACAAUCUAGAAAGACAAAGGCAAAGCCCUCUACACUAAAAUCAGACUAAUGCGCUCUCUGGUCACGGCCACUUUCUUAUAUUCUUGCGUUUCAUGGACGCUGACAGCAAAUCUAGAUAGGAUGAUCAUAGCAAUGGAAUUAAGAUGCUACAGAAAGAUUCUAGGUAUCACCUACAAGAACGCCUCAGAAAUGAAAAGCUUAGAAACAGGAUUAAUACAGCAUUUGGAACUCACGAUGACCUGCUAACUACUAUCAAAACAACGCAAACUUAAACUCUAUGGACAUAUCACAAUGUCCUCAGGGCUCGCAAAGACCUUCCUUCAGAGAACAGUAACUGGAAAAAUAAGAAGAGCCAGACAAAGAUAGCGAUUGGAAGACACCAUUUAAGAAUUGACAAGCCUGUCAUUAAAAAACAAUUAUAUCCAUGACAAAAGAAAGAGAGCAAUGGAGAAAGAAAAGCAGAUCUUUUAUAGCGCCCCAUCAGUACAAUACACUAAGGGAUAGGUGAAGGUGAGAUGGCAGAAAAUAUUUACCUGUCUACCAAUAAAAUAUGUACAUUACAUUCGUAAUGUCUAAGUCUGACACCUUGAUACUCUACAGCAGUUAUGCCCCAAAUACGGCCCGCGGGCCAGAUACGGCCCGCGACGUGGUUCCAUCCGGCCCGCCGAAACGUUGGUAUAAAAUAUAGAAAUUCCCCAUCUAAGAAGAAAACGUUUAAAAGUGAAUCUUCACCUUCGUUAGGGCCCUCACUUUUUGUCUGAUGGAUUGGCACCAUGACCUUUAAAAUUUGUUUAAGAAAUAUGACUCUGAAUGUAGAAUUUAGCACGAAAAGUGAACGUAUCGUUACUUUUUUGUGGAACAUGAUAAUAAACAAAUAUAUUUGUUUUAUAAAGAAAGUGUGGCUGUUAAAAAACAACAUAUAAUCGGCAUUGUAGGGCCUAUAACAAAAUAUGACGUCAAUCUUGGUUUGAGCCGGGAAUAAAAUGAUAGUGAAACUAUGCCUUGAGAUUGUAGGGUCGUUGGGAAUAGUUACCAAAUAGAGACAUGAAAACGAGUCUGCAAGCUACAACGUUACUCACAUUGUAAGUAGAAAAAUGAAGCCAUUUUUCGACGCGUAAAAAAACUUCAAAUAUCCCAUUAAUUAAAUUAAUUUUAGAUCCACUGGUUUCUAACCAAUGAUUUUAGGUCAAUUUCACUUCGUUUUCGGAUCUUUUCGUUGAUGUGGCCCGCGAAACGAGGGUUGGAAAUUAAAAUGGCCCGCAUGUCGAAUUAGGUUGGGCAUCACCUCUCUACAGUAAGCAUCUUAAGCUCUUAAAGUUUCUAUCAUCAAAGCUGUCUGCGCUCUAUAAUGGACAGAGGCUUGCAAGACAACACUACAGUCAGAGCCUUGCACUUACCGCUUGAGUGCAGAAUGGAUUUAAAAAUGCUGGCCUCAUCCCUUUCCCCUUUUUUUCUAGAAAAAAAAUGAUUCUGGGAGAUUAACAUGGUUAAAAAAAAAAGUAGCAUUUCAAUCCAUUUUUGUUUAGGUCAUUCCUAUUUCCUAUUAAAACCGCACCGUUAUUUUAUCGUUCUCCUCUUGGAUAUUUCCAGUUUUGACUUUCCAAAGUAAAAAAAAAUCCUUCUGCAGUUAAAUCUGAAAUUGGGACAAAAACAACCGAAAUAUAAAAUAAAAAAAAAAUAAAAGAAAAUACAAAAAAACUAAAAUACAAAAACCAGUUAAUAUUCAGUGUAGUUGUAUCAAUAAGUUUGGAUUAGUCAUGUAAUCAAUUUUGUAAUAGAUCUAGACUAACAAAUACAAAUCUGGGUGAUUAUAAAUAUUUAUUUACUAAAAGUUCUUGUUUAGCUCAAUUAAAUGCUUUUAGCUUUCUAAAAUCGCUAUGAUCCUAUCACUUGUCCGGACAAUUUAGGAAAGGGGUGGCAGGGAAAACUAAGGGUUAUCUGUGUGAAUGUUAUAGUUAUCGCUUUUUAAAUGCAUUUAUUAAAUAAAAGUUUAACGACUUAAAUUUGAACUCGAGGACUCAAGCCAAAACAAUAACUACUGUGCCAGUGAAGUGCUCAAGAAAAACGAAGGUUUUAUAUUUAUCUUUUUUUUUUUAGUUUUAAACUUUAAAUCUGCGCAUAUAGGUAACUAAUUCAGUUCAUACCUCCCCAUCAGUGAAGUAUAAUUUCUUUCCCUUGCUCGAUAUUAAAAAAAAUUAAUUGCCAAUAGUUAAUUAACUAAUAAGUUAUAUUUUUUUUUUUUUUGUCGGCUAAUAGAAAUAGUUUUGCAAAAUUUAAGCUUGAUCCCAGAUUGGGUGUGUUUUACCAGACAGACAGUCAAAGUUGUAAGACAUAAUAUUGUUUGUUUGACUCUCUGUGUCUAUGUUGACUCUCUAUGUCUAUGUUGACUCUAUGUCUAUUUUGACUCUCUAUGACUGUCUAUGUCUAUGUUGACUCUCUAUGACUCUCUAUGUCUAUGUUGACUUUCUAUGUCUAUGUUGACUCUCUAUGACUCUCUGUCUAUGUUGACUCUCUUGACUCUCUAUGUCGAAGGCUAUGAGGACAUGAAACACAACUGGAUAUCCGCUACGAGUCAGUAAACUUUGAAGAUGAUAUUCUAAAACUUUACAACAAGCUACGUCCGCUUUACGUUCAGCUCCACGCCUACGUCCGACAUAAAAUUAAAGCUAGAUAUGGAGAGGACAAAAUUCCAGCCAGUGGUCACAUCCCAGCUCAUAUUCUUGAGAUAUGUGGGCUCAGGAUUGGAGCACAUUAAUUGAAGACAUGAGACCUUACCCAAAUUUAUCAACAUUUGAUUUGACCAAUGAAAUGAUUAGGCAGAACUACACUGUUUUAAAGAUGGUCCAAGCUGCUGACAAUUUUUUUCAAUCUCUGGGAUUAAAAGCAAUGCCUCCAAGAUUCUGGGAGAAAUCGUUGUUUGAAAACCCUUCUGAUGGUCGACAAGUCGCUUGUCAUGCUGAAGCUGUAGACUUCAGAAACGGAAGGGAUUAUAGAAUAAGGAUGUGUGCCACAGUAACCAUGGCUGAUCUAGAGACAAUAUACCAUGAGAUGGGACACAUCCAAUACUUUCUACAAUAUGCUCAUCAACCAUAUCUCUCUAGAAUUAGUCCCCAUUACGGCUUCCACGAGGCUGUAGGUGAUACCAUUGCUUUGUCAGCCAUGACACCUCACAACAUGUAUUCAAUUGGUCUGUUGAAUCAACCCUUCGAUGACCCUCGUAAGUGUAAAUAUCAAGGAAUAUAUCCUCCUGUAACCAGAACAUCAGAGGACUUCGAUGCAGGCUCCAUUUAUCAUAUUUCGCAUAACGUUUAUUACAUAAGUUACUUUCUUAGCUUCGUUCUUCAGUUCCAAUUCCAUAAAGCUUUGUGUGAGGCAGCUGGGUUUGACGGACCCCUACAUAGGUGUAAUAUUUACAACAGUACCAGAGCUGGGACUAAAUUGAGUGAAAUGUUACGACACGGAGCAACUCAAACCUGGCAAAAGAGUCUCAGAGUGCUGACCGGUACAAACAGAAUGGACGCUCAGCCUUUGCUGGACUACUUCAAGCCUUUAAUGGAAUACCUAAAGAAAGAAAAUGCUGAAGAUAUCGACUGGCAACCAAAUUGUCCGUUCAAUAACAACUAGAUCGACAACAUCAUGAGAUACAUUGAAAUAGGUUGAGCAGUACAGUAGACCACACCAGACAAGUAUGGACCUUUGUACGUUGACACGACCUGUAAUAAAACAAGACAUUCCAGUAAAAUAAAGCAAAUAAUAACAUG